AUGACAAGCACAACAAAUGAAGAUGGCUUACUGGAUCCUCUAGAACAAUGGGUGGCCCAGGAACAGCGGCAAAAAGAGCACUCCUCUCCCAACCGUCAGCCACGCGGAGUUUCAUUCGCUGAGGUCGACGUGAAUGGCUACAUGGAAGUAAAUUCAUUCCAGCCUACAUUCGCUAGCUACAUCCAACUGAUACCAACUAUCGUCAAAUCCAUAGUAGGUAUUCGGGGCCCGCGUCAAAAGGUGCGGAUAUUGAGAGACCUGGAUGGCUUGGUCCGACCGGGUGAGAUGCUCUUGGUACUUGGUCGGCCGGGGAGUGGCUGUACUACCUUUCUGAAGACUAUGGCGGGAUACGUUAAUGGGGUGGAGGUGGUGGAAAAAGAGGCUGGUGGGAUACAAUAUGAUGGAACCCCAUUUCGCGAGAUGCACAAACGGUACUGGGGCGACACCAUAUAUCUCGCAGAAAACGACAUGCAUUUACCGGAGCUGACGCUUCAGGAAACAUUGGCCUUUGCAGCUGAAAUGAGACCGCACACGCAAUCAGUAGAGAUCAUCAGUUGCCAGACAGCCUCUAUCUACGGACUCGAGCGAGUUUUGAACACUCAAGUCGGUAGUGACCUGGUACGCGGGCUCAGUGGCGGCGAAAAACGACGGACGAGUGUCGCCGAGGCUUUCCUCAGUGGGUGUCCCAUUCAGUGUUUUGAUAACAGCAUCCGUGGGCUUGACAGUGCUACAGCGCUGAAUAUCGUGCGAAUACUGCGCCGUGUGACGGAUGCCUUGAGCUUGAUCGUGAUGACGACCAUCUAUCAGGCUCCUGAAGCCUUAUAUUGCCAAUUUGACAAGGUGCUGCUGCUGUAUCAAGGUCGCCAGGUUUAUUUCGGCACUAGUUCAGGAGCAGCCGGCUAUUUUGAGCGAUUGGGCUUCAUUCGACCAGAGGGGGCGACGACGGCUGACUUUUUGACCUCACUGACGCAUCCAGCCAAGCGCCUGGUCCGGUCAGAAGCCGAAGGCUCAGCCCCUCGAACUCCUGAUGAGUUCGCAUUGACAUGGCGACGAAGCCCAGAGUGCCUCGCUCUGAGGAAAGAGGUGGCUGAAUACAAUAACGGGCGGCGCCAAGAAACCUCGCCAUCUUCUUCUUAUCCAACAACCUUCAUGCAUCAGACUCAUGCCUGUGUCACUCGAGCUUUCCUUCGGUCAAAACACAACAUGGCAGGUCUCAUUUCUGGAGCUGUGGGCAAUACUAUCCUCGCCAUCAUUCUGGGAACUCUAUUCUAUGAUGUAGCGGAGAGCACGGGGAGCUUUGAGACACGCAGUAUCUUGAUCUUCUAUACUACUAUGAUGAACUCCUGCCUGCCGGCGUUUGAGGUUAACGGCUUAUGGGCGCAGCGGCCAAUCGUGGAGAAGCAGAGCAGCUACGCCUUUUACCACCCAGUGGCCGAAGGGAUCGCCUCCAUGCUGUCCGACCUACCCGUCAAGGCCCUCACCUCGCUCUGCUUUAAUGUGCCGAUUUACUUCCUCACAAACCUACGCCGGACUACUUCGGCAUUCUUUACCUUCUGGUUGUUUGGACUGGUAGUCAUGGUGACCAUGUCCAUGAUUUUCCGCUCAGUCGGGUCCAUCUCGCGGACGUACGCACAGUCACUGGCUCCGGUAUCCAUAAUGAUCUUCAACUUCAUCAUAUAUGCCGGUUUUGUUAUUACCCCAGCUGAUCAAGUUCCAUGGCUGAGUUGGAUUCGGUAUUUCAACCCAAUCGCCUUCGCCAACGAAAGCCUCAUGAUCAAUGAAUUUCGCAACCGCAAAUUCCCAUGCUCGACAUUCGUCCCGUCCGGACCCACAUACUCAGAGAAUAACCUGGAUGGAAAAGUUUGUUCAGCUGUGGGAAGUGUAGCUGGGCAGUCUUGGGUAGAUGGGAAUCAGUACCUGAAGCUCAAAUAUGGGUAUGGAAUUGACCAUAUGUGGCGGAAUCUCGGCAUCCUGUUCGCUUUGAUGGUCGGCUUCUGUGUCGUGCAUCUCUUCGCAGCAGAAUACAUUCAGGCGCAGCGGUCCAAGGGGGAUAUUUUGAUCUUCCGUCAGAAAGAUUCUACUGUUCGUCCUCCCCUAGCAGACGAAGAGAGCGUCGAGAUGGACUCGUUCCAGAUUCACGAAGAGGUCGGCCCUGGUCCUUCAUCUUCGGAGGAAAAGUUAGUGACUGCCAAAGGAUUAGGCAAGCAGUCGUUGGCGUUCUGGUGGAGCAAUGUCGGCUACGAUAUCAAGGUUGACAAUCAGAAAGAGGUUUCCCACAUUCUGGAGGGUGUUGAUGGUUGGGUAAAUCGUGGGACAUUGACCGCCCUAAUGGGGUCAACUGGGGCCGGAAAGACCACCCUGCUAGACGUCCUCGCGAAUCGUAAAUCUGUGGGGAACGUGCAUGGGGAGUUCCGAAUUGACGGUCGACCGCGCGACGGGUGCUUCCAGCGCAAGACAGGCUACGUCCAGCAGACCGAUAUCCAUGUCCCCACGGCGACGGUGCGCGAGGCGUUAGAGUUCAGUGCUCUUCUCCGUCAACCAAUGGAUAUAACAAGAUCCCAGAAGUUGGCAUACGUGGACACCGUGCUACAAAUGCUAGAUAUGGAGUCGUACGCUCAGGCGAUUGUGGGCGUCCCCGGCAAGGGCCUCAACAUUGAACAACGCAAGCGUCUGACGAUUGCGGUGGAGAUGGUCGCUCGCCCGCAGCUGCUCUUUCUUGAUGAACCCACCUCAGGGCUGGAUAGUCAGACGGCUUGGUCGAUCUGUAAUCUACUCAGGAAGCUCUCAGAUAAUGGGCAGCCCAUUCUGUGUACCAUUCAUCAGCCUUCCGCAGAGCUAUUUCAAAUGUUCGAUCGGCUCCUCUUCCUGCAAGAGGGUAAAACAUUGUAUUUCGGCGAUUUAGGCUGUUCCGCAUCGACCUUGAUUGAUUACUUUACUUGCUCGGGAGCUCGCGUUCCCUAUGAGGGCGAAAAUCCCGCCGAGUGGCUGCUUGAAGUCACAUCCUCCUCAUCAACAAAACAAACGCACGACUGGGCGAGUGUCUGGAAGGCCAGCUCGAAGGCAGAGGCAGUCAAAAAUGAGAUUGCUUCGAUGGGAGAAAGCGCACUUACGGUUUACCCCAAUGUUGCGGAGGAAUAUGAAUUCGCUGCCUCUUGUCAAACGCAAUUAUUGGAGGUCACUUACCGCAUGUUCCAGGAUUAUUGGCGAGAACCGACUUACCUAUAUUCGAAAUUGGUCCUUUGCAUUGGCUCUGGACUCUUCAAUGGUCUUUCUUUUUGGAUGCUCGAUCAUAGCGUUCAAGGACUUACCAGCUCUAUGUUCUCGUGUUUUCUUCUCACAAUCAUUUUUAACACCGUCAAUCAGCAGAUUAUCCCUCGCUUCAUCGACAACUACGAGAUCUAUGAGGCCCGCGAGCGACAAUCCAAAACGUACAGCUGGCCUAUCUUUGUCACGGCAAACAUGAUAGUCGAGCUCGUCUGGCAGUCCCUAACCUCGAUUCCUGUCUUCGUAGCCUGGUAUUACCCAACAGGGUUCUGGCGGAAUGGACUAAAUGAGAACAGCGACACCUUCGGUAUGAACGAGCGGGCCAUCCUCACUUUCAUUCUCAUCUGGCUGUUUUUUAUUUUUGCUUCGACCCUCUCUCAAGCCAUCGCUGCGGGAAUGCAUGACCCCCUCGUCGCGGUCAACAUCGCCAACCUGCUGUUCACCCUCUGUCUCCUCUUCUGUGGUAUUCUCGUCCAGCCUAACGCGAUUCCCCGCUUCUGGACUUUUAUGUACCGUGUAAAUCCGGUGACUUAUCUCAUGGGUGGGAUGAUCAAAGCGGCAUUGGCGAAUGCGCCGCUGCAUUGUGCCGCUAUCGAUCUCCUGCGAAUCCCCCUGCCGGCACAAAAUGGGUCUGAAUCGUGCGGGACUUACCUUGCGGCGUAUAUUCGCACGGCGGGAGGCAAGGUCCUGAAUUCUGACACUUUUUCAGGGACGGGUAAAGACUGUAUUUUCUGUGCGGUGACAGAUACCAAUGUCACGCUACGGGAGAUGGGGAUGGAUGUUCAGACGCGAUGGCGGGACCUGGGGAUCCUAGCGGCAUACGUGGGGGUGAAUAUCACUGCGACUUUCUUCUUCUACUGGCUGAUCAGAGGGCGAAAGAAGAUUGCUGAGAGGUAA